AUGAGAAAAAUUACAGAUCAGAUUAAAGAAAUGGAAACCUAUGAAACAAAAAUUGAUUCCGUUCCCUUUCUCACACUUCAUGAUCUCUGUAAAUCAAUAAGCAAAGGGGUUGUAUCACCAAGCUACGUGCUGCAUGCUUAUCUGGAGAAAGCUCUGGAUGCCACAAGAAAAUUCAACUGCAUCAUAGAAUUUCUCCCUGAAUGUCAAGCACAACUUUUAGAUUUGCAUGAAGCCAAAAAAGGACUCUUGUAUGGGAUCCCCAUCAGCAUCAAGGAAAACAUUAACUAUAAGGGUCAUGAUUCAACUUGUGGGCUUAGGAAAUUUGUAAACCAACCUGCAGGUGAAGACAGCGUAAUAGUUAAGGUGCUGAAGAAACAAGGAGCGAUUCCAUUUGUGAAAACCAAUGUUCCUCAGACAUUAUUAAGCUUUGAGUGCAGUAAUCCCAUUUAUGGAGAGACCAUCAACCCACAUAAUGCAAAGCGGACAUCAGGUGGGUCAUCUGGUGGCGAGGCUGCCUUGAUUGCAGCAGGUGGCUCCAUCCUUGGUAUUGGAACAGACAUUGGUGGCAGUAUACGCUUUCCAGCUGCAUGCUGUGGAAUCUGUGGUUUCAAACCAACUGCAAACCGAUUAAGCAAAAUUGGAUUGUCAGGAAGUUUGCCUGGACAGAAAACUUUUGAGUCAAUGGUUGGUCCACUGGCGAAAGAUGUGGAUAGCCUGGCAUUGUGCAUGAAAGCCCUAUUAUGUGAAGAAAUGUUCCAUUUGGAUCCCACAGUGCCACCUAUUCCCUUCAAUGAUGAGAUUUAUACCAACACCAACCGAAUGAGGAUAGGUUAUUUUGAAAGUGAUGGGUACUGGAUCCCCACCCCCAGCAUGAAGCGAGCCAUCAUGGAAACCAAACAACUGCUGGAAGCAGCUGGACACACGUUGAUAUCAUUUACACCACCAAAAACGUACAAUGCUAUGAAUGAAAUAAUUAUUCCUGGACUUCUUGCAGACAAGGGUCUUACACUUAUAGAAAGCCUUAAAGGAGACGUCAUUGAUCCGAGUUUGAAAUUUCAGAUGUCCAUAUGCUCUAUGCCUGAAGUAAUGAAAAAGCUCUUGCAUUUUCUUCUGAAGCCUUUUAGUCCUAGAAUCGCUGCUGGUUUCAAGGCAUUGACUGGAAUAAGAUCAGUUAAGGAACUGUGGAAGCACCAUAUUGCUGCAAUGACCUACCGUGAAGAGUACAUGAAGGCAUGGAGAAAGCACAACAUUGAAGUCCUACUCUGCCCAUCAAUCGGUCCUGCUUUUACUAUUGGAUGUGCUGGAAAACUGUCAGCUAUAUCUAGCUACACAAUUAUUUUCAAUUUGUUAAAUUUUCCUGCGGGUGUUGUGCCAGUUACCAAGGUAACGAAGGAAGAUGAAGAAGAGCUGAUGAAUUAUAAGGGAUACAUGAAUGAUUCCUGGGACAAAACAUUCAAGAAGGCUGUGUCAGGAGGUGUUGGUCUUCCUUUAGCUGUGCAGUGUGUGGCCUUACCCUGGCAUGAUGAGCUCUGUCUUUGUUUCAUGAGGGAAGUGGAAAACCUUGUCAGAAAGAAUAAAGGAACUCAGCAGCACCAGGAAGAGAGUAACCAAAGUGUUCGUGCCUGA